UGCGUUUGGAGACACCUUGCGGAUCAUCUGUUGGUUUGACAACAUUUGCAAAUUUCAAGUCAUCAAUGGAUAAAUUGAAAAAUGGAAAUUAAACCCGAAAAUUUAUUAUCAGUUCGAGUUGGACGUGUUGUAUCUCGAAAAACAGAUGUAAGCAGCUUUAUAACAGCCGAUGAAUAUAAUCAUUAUUUUAGCAAUCCAACUAUUGACAAUCUAAUUCUUCCUGAUCAAUAUAAAAAUGAUUGGAUUAUUGUUCCAAAUCAAUACAAAACAAUAUAUCUUGGAGAAAUAUUUUCUUUUUUUAUCAAUUGUACAAAUGAUUCGAUACAAGAAUUAAUGACAAAUGUUUCGGUUCGAAUCGAUAUGCAAAUCAAUAAUCGAGCUAUCGUUUUAAAAGAAUUGAACAUCGAAAAGCUAGAUGCUAAAGCUAGUCUUGACGAGAUACUUAGCUAUGAAAUCAAAGAACCUCAUAUUCACGUAUUAAUUUGUACUUUGAGUUUUGAUCUUCCCGAUCAUGAAAGGCAAUCGUGUCGAAAAUUUUUUCAAUUUCAGAUUUCCAAACCUAUUGAUGUAAAGACUAAAUUUUACUACACAGAAUGUGAUGAAAUUUAUUUGGAAGCAAUGUUUCAAAAUUCGACUAAUCUACCCAUACAAUUGAAAAGUGUUCAAUUUGAUAGUGUUAAUUUUGAUGUCACAUCAUUGAAUUUUAAUAUCGAACAUAAAGAUCAAUGGAUAUUUGGCGAAAUUAAUCGCUUGAAUCCAAGUGAAUCUCGUCAAUAUUUGUUUGUAUUAACACCCAAGAAAGACAUACGUUUUAAUCCUUCGAUUUUGAAAUCAAUCAACACUAUUGGUAAAUUGGACAUUAUAUGGUAUUCAGGCAUUGGAGAAAAAGGACACAUUCAAACGUCACAAUUGGAACGAAACGCCACAGUCGAUAAUAUAAAAGUUUAUAUUGAAGACAUUCCAACACAGACUAAAUUGAAAGAGAUAUUUAAAAUUAAAUUCAGAAUCAUCAAUUUUAGUUCAAAAACAGUAGAGCCAUUGGUCAAUUUUGUCAAUGAUGAAAAUCAGAAUAUACUGUGGCUAGGAUUAUCGAGUAAAAAUUUGGGUGAAUUGAAACAAUCACAAUCGAUUGAAGUACAGAUGAAUCUUUAUCCAGUUAAAAUUGGAUUAUUCAGCAUACCGGUUAUAAAAAUAACCGAUUUAAUAACACAAAAAUUCAUUGAAUUCAAAGAUUUAGCAUCGGUUGAUAUUAUUUGACAGAAUGGCAUUAUUUGUGAAUUGUUGUUGGAAAAGAAAUAAAUUUUGAACU